CUCCAUUUUUGAAAAAUCAAUGAUCCGACAUAAAGUCUUGCCGCAGUCACUAGAGCUAAAAGCCGUUUUCCGUUUUUUUGGUGUGUUUUUUAACAAGAGAAGAAAUUGUUCUACUGAAUCCAUCUCUUAAAGCAUUUGGGAAAAUCACACACACUCAUUUUUUUCCCGCCAUAAAAGCCAUCUCUGCUGCUACGUAUAUCUUUAUUUUAUUGCUAGCCUUUUUUUUUGUUUCCAUAACUCCAACAGCAAACAAAAGAAAAACUAUAACGACGCAAUGCCACCAAAACAGCAAAAGACAAAGGGUGACAAAAAGAAGGCUCAAAAGGCCGCCGAUGAUAAAACCUUUGGCAUGAAGAACAAGAACAAAUCAGCAAAGGUUCAACGUUAUGUUCAACAAGUAACGCACCAAGCUCAACACAAUGCUUCCCAAACUGACAAAGAAAAGGCCAAGGCAAAAGCCAAGGAAGAACUCGCUGCAAAGAAGGCUGCCGAAGCGAAGCGAAAAUUGGAAUUGGAGGAGCUGUUCAAACCAGUGCAAGUACCACAGAAGGUACCUUUUGGCACUGAUCCAAAGUCUGUGAUCUGUCAGUAUUUCAAGGCUGGUCACUGUGAGCGAGGAGCCAAGUGUAAAUUCUCUCACGAUCUGAACAUUGAGCGCAAGUCGCAAAAGAAGGAUGUGUAUACGGAUGCUCGAGAGGACAAAACAAACGACACAAUGGAGAGUUGGGAUCAAAAGAAGCUGGAAGAAGUGGUCCAGAGCAAAGCAGGCAAGCAGCCACCUACCGAUAUUGUGUGCAAGUACUUUUUGGAAGCGAUCGAGUCCAACAAGUAUGGUUGGUUCUGGGAAUGUCCAAAUGGCGGUGUGAACUGUAAAUACCGCCAUGCUCUGCCACCUGGUUUCGUAUUGAAGUCGAAGAAGGCCAAGACAGACGACAAACAGGAGAUUUCGCUGGAAGAAUUUUUAGACACAGAGCGUCAUAAACUUGGACCAAAUCUGACGCCGGUUACUCUUGAGUCUUUCAACCAAUGGAAGAAGAACCGUGUGGCAAAGAAGGAUGCUGCAGAAGCAGCAGACCGCAAGGCAAAGGAGAACCGUGUGAAGGCUGGCCGAUCUCAAGGCAUGUCUGGUAGAGAUCUGUUUGACUUUAACCCUGACUUGGCUCUUGAUGAAGACGAGGAUGAUGAUGCGUUGGAUCUGUCCAUGUACGAGCGCAAAGAUUCUGAUGACGAAGAAGAAAGCAUUGCACCUAGCGCCUCCUCUGAUAUCAACAAUGGUGUCGCUAACAUUUCUCUAAAUAACGCCGCCACCAAAGCUUAAAGAUGAUAACCUAAUUUUAAUAAAAUACGUUUGCCAUUUAUCUUGAAACACACAAAGAA